AUGGAGCUGGACAGGACGCCAUGCCUGGACUGGGCACUGGCGCAGAAGAAGGCUCUGGCCAUGGAGCAGGACUGGACACUCGUGGCUGUGGCUCAGGUCGUGAUGGGCCUGCAGACACUGACACCUGCAGACUGCUCUCCAAGCCUGGGGCCCAGCAUCGAUAUGCUCCGUGUGCAGUGCAUGAUGGGUGAUGGGGAGGAGAUGGACACCACCCUCUCGCCGGGGGCCCAGAGCCUCAUGGACCUGGUGCAGUUUCAGCAGAAGCUUGACACAUUAAGAUGGUUUCUGCCCCUCCUCAUGGGCAGUGGGGCUCUCUCUGCUCUGGCUAGAGGAACUAACGGACCCUCUGCAGCUACAGCUGACAUCCAACCUCAGCCUUCAGUCAACACCAGCCUCCAGUCAGACGAGAUGUCUGGCUCUGUUUCAACAGAUCCAUGUCCCCAGUCCAAUAACCACACUGGCCUGGCAGACAUGAUGUCACCCUUCUUUAAUGGUCAGCCAGGAGGACGGAGCCCAGACAUGCUCCCUAUGCUGCAGAGUGUGUGUGGGUAGGUGACGCAGCUCCGCACCGAGGAUGCAGCAAAAGCAUCCAACGGCCCACAGCAGUAGCAUGCAUGCUGCUGAGAGCUGGAGCAGGUUAUGGAGUUGCGUCUGGAGUAGAUGGAGAGGAGACUGAUGGAACAGCGGCUGGAUGCCCUGCAGCAGAGCCUGAAGAAGGCCUUACUACAGGCCCUGCCCCUGGCCCUUCCCCUCAAGAUCAAGACCACAGCACCCACACCUGACCAGAACCACACCGCUUAGCCCCAGGCCAUGCACUGACUUCAAAACUGAUUCCUACACUGACUCCAGCCCCUUGCACUGACUCCAGCCCCUUGCACUGACUCCAGCCCCU